AUGCUUGAAUGUAAUUAAGAUGUACUUGAAUAUCUAUAUCCUUAUGAUUGUUUAUUUAAAAGAACAUCAGAUAUUAGAUCUUUUUCAUCAAUUCAACAAAUUUUAAAUCUUAAAUAUUUAAUUUACAAUUAAUUUUUUCAUCAAGAUCCAGAUUUCAAUCUUGGCAUAUUAAUGUCAUAUUAGAAUUCUUGUUAAAUGAAAAAGCAAGAAUAACUGCAUAUUUGA